CGCGCGUCCCACGUGCAUCCUGCGGGAGCCCGGUCCGGGAGCGCCAUGGACCCGCUGCGGGCCCAGCAGCUGGCGGCCGAGCUGGAGGUGGACAUGAUGGCCGACAUGUACAACCGGAUGACGCAGGCGUGCCACCUCAAAUGCGUGCCCCCCCACUACAAGGAGGCGGAGCUGUCGAAGGGCGAGAGCGUGUGCCUGGACCGCUGCGUGGCCAAGUACCUGGAUGUCCACGAGCGGAUGGGCAAGAAGCUGACGGAGCUGUCGCUGCAGGACGAGGAGCUCCUCAAGCGCAUGCAGCAGGGCACUGGCACCGCCUGAGCCCUUCCUAUCAGACCCCCCCUUCCCACCACACCAAUAAACUGGAGGCUCUGG